GUGAGCGACUUGACGAGCUACAGAACGGACGGAUACCGUUUUCCUCUUUGUCUGUAAUAAAUACAUCGCGAAGCGAUAACGCCUACCGCCUACAGACUAUAUAUUGGUAUAAUUUCUAUAAGAAAAAUAAAUAAAGUGAAACCAUUGUAUGUUGAUGUUAUGUGAAUCAGUGUUAUAGUGAUCUGCAAGGAGAAAAUGUUUUUGGUGUUAUAACAACAGUUUUUGAUAAAGUACACAGCUGAUAUAAUUAUGACAUUUCGAGAAAAUAUAAACAGACCUCACAAUUUCAAUAAAAUACUACUGAAAGUGACUGCCUUUAUAACCUGUUUGAGGUAGUCCACCGACAUAAAUAUGGAAGAGAACAGAUUCACGGUUUCUACAGUGGAGAAUGAGAACAAGAAAAAUGGUAUCCACAUGGGAGCUAGUAUCAUCUCUCGGCCGUUACGGACCUCAGAGUCAGUGGAGCGUGGUGCGCCCGCGCAGGGAGAGACGUGGCUACACGAUGCUGGCUGGAAGCGGAAGAGGUCUCUCGCACAACUCACUAGAGAGGCAUUGCCGAGGAUGGAGAACUACAGAAACUCUAAAAGAGCCCUGAAAAGACCUAGCUUGGGAGAACUACAUGGAGAUAAUCUGAUUAACGAGGAGGACGAAAAAGACCACAGAGAAACAAAAUCGCCAACGCCGGCUGGUGGUAUUAAACUAGGAUGGAUACAAGGCGUGCUGAUACCAUGUCUGCUCAACAUUUGGGGUGUGAUGUUGUUCCUACGGAUCUCGUGGGUGGUAUCGCAGGCAGGGAUUGGUCUAUCACUGGUCAUCAUCGCGAUAUCGGCGGUGGUGUGUGUCAUCACCACACUCUCAAUGAGCGCUAUAUGUACAAACGGAGAAGUGAAAGGAGGUGGUAUCUAUUACAUAAUAUCCAGGUCAUUGGGACCGGAAUUCGGUGCGUCUGUUGGCAUUAUAUUCGCUUUUGCCAACGCUGUGGCAGCUAGCAUGAAUACCAUUGGGUUCUGCGACUCUCUCAACGAUCUCCUCAGAAAUUAUGACCUCAAGAUUGUGGACAAUGGCGUAAACGACGUGAGGAUUGUUGGCGCGAUAGCAUUGAUUGUCAUGUGCGUCAUUUGUGCGGUGGGCAUGGACUGGGAGAGCAAAGCACAGAACUUUCUGAUUGCCAUCAUAGUGGGAGCUAUGGUAGACUUCAUUGUGGGCACUAUCAUGGGACCCAAGAGUACCGAAGAAAUAGCGCAAGGUUUUGUCGGACUAAGUGCAACGACGUUUGCGGACAACUUCAAUUCAGACUUUAGAUUCAGCGAAGGGAGGUACCAAGACUUCUUCAGUGUUUUCGCUAUCUUCUUCCCUUCAGUGACCGGCAUUCAGGCUGGUGCCAACAUUUCAGGGGAUCUCAAGGAUCCCGCGUCAGCAAUACCAAAAGGGACACUGCUGUCCUUAUUAAUUUCUAUGCUGAGCUACGCCCUAAUGGUAUUGUUCUCUGGUGGAGGAGCUCUACGUGAUGCCAGCGGCGACGUGGCGGGGCUCGUGCUUAUCAACGGGACAGUCACCGACACAAGCGGUCUGGCAAACUGUGUCCUCAACAGCACGUGUAAAUACGGACUCCAUAAUAGCUACUCGGUGAUGCAGUUAAUGGCAGCGUGGGGUCCUUUAAUCUACGGUGGGUGUUGGGCGGCGACGUUGUCUACAGCCCUUACCAACUUAUUGUCGGUGCCGAGACUCAUCCAGGCGCUGGGCGUUGACCGCAUCUAUCCAGGCCUCAUAUUUUUCUCUAAGCCCUAUGGCCGCCACGGUGAACCUUAUCGAGGAUAUGUGCUCACCUUCUUUGUGUCACUUGUUUUCCUACUUAUUGCUGACUUGAACACUAUCGCGCCUCUGAUAUCCAACUUCUACCUGACUUCAUACGCUCUAAUAAAUUUCUGCACCUUCCACGCGGCCUUGGUGAGGCCACUCGGCUGGAGGCCUACUUUUAGGUACUACAAUGUGUGGGUAUCAUUGCUCGGCUUCCUGAUGUGCGUGGCCAUCAUGCUGCUGAUCAGCUGGAUCAUGUCACUCGUUACCUUCGCCAUCUUCUUCACGCUGUAUCUCAUCGUGCACUACCGCAAGCCUGAUGUAAAUUGGGGCAGCAGCACUCAAGCACAGAUGUACAAGACAGCUUUGUCAAGUGCCCACAGUUUGGCGCGAACAGGCGAGCAUGUGAAAAACUACUGGCCACAAUUGCUGGUGCUAGGGGGAAUCCCUCAGGCUCGCCCUGCUUUAGUAGACCUAGGAAACCUCAUCACUAAAGCUGGCUCGCUCAUGAUUGUCGGAGAUAUUACUGAGAAAAAGCUUUCAUAUAAAGAACGGUCAGCUCGCUUGCGCACUAGUGAUGAAUGGCUUCGGGACCGUAAAGUGCGCGCGUUCUGUAGCGAAGUACACGGAUUCAACUUCGAGUUGGGUGCGCGCGCGCUCAUCCAAGCAGCGGGCCUUGGUAGACUGGCGCCCAACGUGUUACUCAUGGGGUAUAAAGCCGAUUGGAGUCUCGCGCCUCCUGAAGAUCUCAACUCUUACUUCAACGUUUUACAUACCGCGUUCGAGAAUCGCUUAGCGGUGGCGAUCCUCCGCGUGUCUGGUGGGCUGGACUGCGGCGCCGCCAGCGAGGAGGGUACGGGCGGGUCGUGCGGUCUCACCGCCACCUCCAGCGGCAGCGGAGACCUGCGCGUGCGCCGCGGGCCCGCGCACAUCAUGCACGCCGACAGCGACCUAGACAUACGCUCAUCGGACUCGCAACCAUCCAGCAGGCACAAUCUAACCAAUUUAUUGACUUUGAGUACAUCGCGUUCGUUCACGGUGUCGGAAAAAGAAACAAAAGACAAAAGAAAAGAUAAGAAGAUGACAGAUAUACACCGUCAGAUAAUCUACAAAGCUUCCAACGGUGUUGAAAUAUCAAAAGAUCAGCUAUCUCAAAUGACAAUAUUUCAAAGAAAACAAGAAGAAGGAACUAUUGACGUAUGGUGGUUGUAUGACGACGGUGGGCUGACGAUAUUGCUGCCGUACAUCAUCUCACAGCGGUCUGCGUGGGCUAACUGUAAGCUGCGGAUCUUCGCGCUCGCUAACCGACGCCAUGAAAUGGAACUCGAAGAGAGAAAUAUGGCCAAUUUGCUGUCAAAGUUCCGGAUAGAUUACUCAUCGCUGACGAUGGUGCAGGACAUCACUGAAGCGCCGCAAGAAGAAAGCAAGAACUUUUUCAAUGACCUUAUCCACAAAUUUACUUCUGAUGAAACGACAAACGAAGCAUGUCGCAUAAAUGAAACAGAGCUACUGACACUAGCGGAGAAAACCAACCGACAGCUGCGGCUCAGGGAACUUCUACUCGCCAACUCCAGCGCCGCGCGCCUCGUAGUCAUGUCUCUUCCUAUGCCCAGAAAGGGGUCUGUGUCGGCACCGCUGUAUAUGGCGUGGCUGGAGGUGAUGAGCCGCGAUCUGCCGCCGAUGCUGUUCGUACGCGGCAACCACACAUCCGUACUCACAUUCUAUUCUUAG